AUGGUAAUGGUAAAUUUCUACCCUCGUCACUUCAAGCAUCUCAAGAACGUUCACAAGAUACUGCUUCGCCGCUAUGAAGAGCCAUUCCCUAUUCUAAAGAAGAUUGGCAAGGUGGCGUACAAGGUGGAGGUGCCAACGCAUUUGGAGAUCCACCCGGUCAUUCAUGUGAUCCAACUCAAGGCUUUCAAUGAAGACAAUGAGGAUGAAAAGCGGAAGGAGUCGCAUCGAGCACCGGUACUGGUCACUAAGACAUACGAGCACGAAGUCGAAGAAAUCAUGGUCCAUGAUGGCAUUCAUCCAAGUCAUGUGGAGUAUUGGGUCAAGUAG